CAAGCUCAAACCCCUCGCGCCAUGUUGGUGUCGUCGCCGCCGCCGUCGCCGUCGUGAGCGUCCAGUCUCUGUUAUCUCUUCCACAGUGAGCCUGUCACUCCCUUGACAGUCCAUUCUCGUCGCUCUCUCGCCAUCUCUAUCUCCAUUUCCUUUGGGUCCCUUUGUACCCGUCGCAGUCGCUAUACGCACAGGUUCACGCUGGUCGUGCCUGCCUACGCUCCCUCUUCCGCGGUACACUGUUCUACCGCACAUUCGAAUAUUCCAGGAUAGGCUGUUUGGGUUUCUUUUGCAGAAAAAAAAUGUUGGGUUUCCACAGGAGAACGCGGUCACUGAUCCCAGUGAAGGAUCUGGGCAAGUAUGACAAGGUGUCUAUGGUCGAAGAGGAGGAACAAGAAGUCGAGCAAGAGAUGGAUAGUCAAGAUAUACCGGAUGGUGCGGAUAAGUCGCAAAGAGGGCAACUGGUGCUCGUUUACCUCGUCUUCUUCGCUGAAGCCAUCAUGGCAUCGAGCCUACAGCCACAACUCCAAAUGCUCCUCUCAUCUUCCGACUACUGUGGCACUCUAUCUUCAUCCUACCUGCGAAGCAUACUCGAUUGCGCAUACGCAUUCGGCGGAACCACAGGCCUCUUCUGGGGCUACCUCGCGGAUCGCAUGGGCAGACGGCGUGUGACCCUCAUUGGACUCUGGAGCAUGUUUGUCUGCUGCUUAUCCAUGGGAUUUGCGACCACACUUGUUGGCUGCACCAUCUUCCGGUUCAUUGCAGGCAUGGUCAGUUCGGCCAUUGUAUGCACAACUUUAACCAUGCUUGGAGAUUUGAGUGUGACAGCAGAGGAACGCGCAAAAAACGUUGCUCGCCUACCCGUCAUUUCCCUCGGUGGUUCCAUGGGUCCAAUUAUGCAACUCAUGGUCUCUGAAAGUCUGCAAGCAUACAACAUGGUAUGGCAAAACUACCCCACCCUGGGCUCUGAGCUGGCAUGCGGAAUCGUCAUGUUCAUCAUCGCACUUGUGGCAAGCAUUUUCCUCAAGGAGACGCUGCCUCACUACAACGAGCGCACAGCAGACACUGCAGACGUCGACUGUGAGAGGGCAGCUUUCCUCCGCCGUGACUCGCACGACACAAAUGUAACGCUCGUGGACUUUGCUCGCCCAGAACCCAUCACCAUCAGCCAGUUCCUCCAGGCCCCUUCCCUCAUGGUUCUCCUAUCCUCCUUCUGCCUCCUAUCUCUCCACGCCUCCACCUUUGACGUCGUCCUGCCACACCUUGGCCACAGCAGCACCGAAUCCGGCGGCAUGGGCCUCCCCUGCGAAUGGCUCAACAUCAUCGUCCUCGGCGUACGCGGCCUCGCCGGCGCCGUCGUCUUCUACGCCGUCCCCUACGCAACCUCCAAGCACGGCCUCGUCAAGCUCUACCGCUCUCUCUCCGCCCUCCUCCCCGCAACAUACAUCCUCACCCCUUUCCUCGCCGCCGUCGUCACCUGCUCCGGCUUCGGCCCCAUCAUCUCCACCUUCUCCAUCUUCGCAAAACACCUCCUCACCGACGCCGCCGUAGUCGUCGUCUCCCUCCUCGUCCUCAACACCACCCCAGACGCCUUCUCCGCCGGUACCGUCGUAGGCAUGAUGCAAGUCGCAAGCCUCUUCAAGGCCUUUGCCGUCGCCGUCAGCGGCACCACCUACUACUUUAGCGACGACGUUAGCGUAGAUACUACCAACCUCGCCCUCUGGACUUGUCUCGCCCUCUUUGGUAUCGCCGGUGCGGGUCUCGCCUGGUUCGUGCGCGAGCGACCUAGCGUGGAGAAGGACUUCCCAAGCGAAGUCCUGUGCUGGGAGACGUGCUUCGAUGCUGAUGCUGAGAAGCAAUUCGAGCUAGAGAAUACCGAUGUUGAGUCGGAUGCCGAGAGUGUAUAGUGGGGGUUUUUUUUUUGCCCAUGGCUUACUCCAAACUCCAUUCACACUCUUUUAUUUUGUGCGUGUUGUGUCUGUGUGUUUUUUUGAGUUGCUCACUCACUUUCAUUCAUUUUUCGUCUAUGCAAGUUUGUUCAUGGCGUGGGGCUCUUUUGUUUUGUUUUGUCUUGUUUUGUUUUUGCGUAGUUACCCCCUCCUUUUUUUCUUCUUCUUCUUUUCGUGCUUGUUUUGUUAGUCUAACUUUGUUUCUUUGUCUCAGUCUUUCUUUCUCUUUUUAAAACAUCACUCGUCAUGUCUCUCGUUAGAUAGUUGACUCGGAGGAGAUGUGUCUCUGUGUGUGUGUACAACAAUUCAUUAAAGUUCUUGUC